AUGGUUGCCACCCAGCCGUUAGAUGAUAAGGGGAACGUUCAACUCCUAAUGAGGAAUCUUCUCCAUAGAACACAAACAGAACUGGAGAAAACACGUGCUAUCUGGAUUUGGAUAUGUCAUCAUAUAGAAUAUGACACAGUUGGGCUAAAGAAUGUAGCCCUGAGAUCUACAGAUCCAGAUGUCAUCUUGCGUACCAAGAAAGGCGUCUGUGCCGGAUAUUCAUCACUAUUCGAGAGCAUGUGCAGAAUUGCUGGAGUGCAGUGCAAGACGAUUAAUGGCUAUUCAAAGGGUGGAUCAUAUAAAGUAGGACAGACAUUUUCUGGGGAUACAACUCAUGCCUGGAACAUGGUCUAUCUGGAGAAAAAGUGGCAUCUGCUGGACAGCACCUGGGGGGCUGGAAACGUUAAUGGAAACAAAUUUACAUUCAAGUACGAUGAGUUUUAUUUUUUGACACACCCUGCACUCUUUAUUGAAGAUCACUUCCCAGAGCAGAACAAAUCGCAACUCAUCGUGCCACAUCUUUCUCUAAAGCAGUUUGAAAAGAAUGUUUACCACAGGAGCGCAUUUUAUAAGUUUGGUCUGCUGUCCUCUGAGCCAGAUACUGCAAUCAUUCAAACAGUGAAAGGAAAAGUUUCUAUCACCAUUACGACUAGUCACUGCACAAAAUUCAUCUUUCACUUAAACAAAACAGAAACGCCAGGCUUGAUUACUUUAACUCAGCAUAUGAUGAAACUUGAUGUUUACCCACAGACAACUGGACAACACACCUUAGAGAUAUUCGCAAAAACAGAUGAAAAUAAAACAGAGUAUGAGCACAUUCUGAAAUACAAAAUUAUUUGCAAAGAGGUGGAUUCCAGUGUAAAGAUACCAAGGUGUCUCAGUCAGCCUGUUGGUCCCAGUUGGCUGUCAGAUGGACUCCUUCAGCCAUCACACACUGACCCAGUUAUUCACACUGAAGAUGGAUGUUGCACUAUCAGCUUUGUACUACAGAGAGAACUUAAGAUCACUGGGAGUUUGAGAUCUGAUGAGAUAGAGGAUAUGGGCAGAUACAUAAUUCAGGUAUUGAACAAAAACAAUGUUGAGUUUAACAUCCGUCUUCCUCAAGCUGGAUAUUAUGCUUUCUUAAUAUUUGAGGAUUCUGUUGGUUACAUAUGUAAUUAUCUCAUAAUGUGUUCCAACCCUAAUGUAAAAUGGUCACCCCUGCCUUCUCAGAUUCAUAAUCCAGUAGGUCCAAACCCAGAAACAGAGAAAGCUGGACUCCUUCAGCCAUCACACGUUAACCCAGUUAUUCACACUGAAGAUGGAUGUUGCACUAUCAGCUUUGUACUACAGAGAGAACUUAAGAUCACUGGGAGUUUGAGAUCUGAUGAGAUAGAGGAUAUGGGCAGAUACAUAAUUCAGGUAUUGAACAAAAACAAUGUUGAGUUUAACAUCCGUCUUCCUCAAGCUGGAUAUUAUGCUUUCUUAAUAUUUGAGGAUUCUGUUGGUUACAUAUGUAAUUAUCUCAUAAUGUGUUCCAACCCUAAUGUAAAAUGGUCACCCCUGCCUUCUCAGAUUCAUAAUCCAGUAGGUCCAAACCCAGAAACAGAGAAAGCUGGACUCCUUCAGUCGUCACACGUUAACCCAGUUAUUCACACUGAAGAUGGAUGUUGCACUAUCAGAUUUGCCAUUGUACAAGGUUUAACUCUCUUUUCUACUCUGCACUCAGAUGAGACCCACAUGACACCAGAGAUGGAACAUAGACACAUUUUCCAAGAACAAAAGGAAGAUUCUGUGAAAUUUAAGGUCCGUCUUCCACACUCAGGAACAUAUGUGCUCUCUGUGAAUGUUAAGCUUAAAGAUAACAAUACAUAUUAUACUAAAUGUAACUAUCUUAUUACUUGUACUAAUACUGCUGUGAAGUGGCCAGUGUUCCCUUUGGCGUAUGUAAACUGGGCCGGUCACUAUGAGUUGGUGGAGCCUUUAGAUGGAAUUCUUCCGGAGCGAUGUAUGGUUCCUUUUAAGCUUCUCAUUCCUGAAGUUCUUGAAGUAUCUGUCAGAGGGAAAUCUUCCAUCUCUUUAACUCUAAGUGCAGAUGGAUAUUGGGAAGGAACCUACAAUACAGCAGAUAACAAGGAGAUCUAUGUCAGUGUUUGCUAUAAAGACAAACCAAAUACUUACCAUCAUGUUCUGCAGUACCUGGUUGUAGAGAAAAAAUAG